ACACUUUUGGGGUUUCCGUAAAACGGGAAAACAGUCGAAACGGAAAAAUUGCUGGUAGCAAAGAGUUUAGGAAAAAUAAAAAUAAAAUAAAUGACUGGCGAAAUUGUGGAUAGUGAGGAUGAGUACGAUGAAAUAUCCGAGCUGCGACAACAACGCAACAAGCCUGAGGCACAGGAAUCCGUUGAUGAGGCCUUUGAUUUGGAUGAUCUUUUGCCCAUUAUUGGCGAGUUUGGCAAGUAUCAAAAGUUGCUCGUGUUCGGCAUUUGCUUGCCAGCAUGCAUCCCAUGCGGUUUCUGUGCCUUCAAUCAGCUCUUCAUGGCCGACACACCCGAUGAUUAUUGGUGUCGCGUGCCCCAGCUGCAGCACCUCGACCUCGAACAGCGCAAAAUGUUGGCUAUACCCAAGGAGCAGGAUAACGAUGAUUUGGUCUAUAGUAAAUGCUUUAUGUACGGCGUCAACUGGACACAGUUAUUGGACACUUUGGAUACAGGAGAUAUUAAUGGGAAUUUGACAAAUCUGCAGCUCAACAACGGAAGUUGGCCCUUGGUCAAGUGCUCCCAGGGCUGGGAAUAUAAUACCAGUCGUAUCUGGUCUUCGAUUGUGAUCGAUUUCGAUUUGGUAUGCGAUCAAGACAUUUAUCCAACCAUCGGUCUGGCAGCGCUCAACACUGGUGGCCCAGUUGGUGUGUAUUUGUUUGGGCUGCUCAACGAUCGAGCCGGACGCCGGCUAUCUUAUUUCACAUGUCUGGCCACACUGUUGGCGGGCAGCCUAAUGACGUCGCUAAGCAAGGAUUUCUGGACCUGGGCGGGAAGUCGCGUAAUUGUUGGACUCACCAUACCGGCUGUCUAUCAAAUACCAUUUAUUAUAUCCUUGGAGCUGGUAGGCGAAAAGUACCGUUCGUUUGUGACCGUUAUGACUUGCACCUUCUACACAUCGGGCAUUAUGCUGUUAUCACUAGUCACGUAUCUGGAGCGUGAUUGGGUGCGUCUUUCCUACAUCACCUCGUUGCCCUUCUAUGCCUACUUUCUGUAUAUGUUUGUGAUGCCCGAAUCGCCACGUUGGCUUCUGAUGCGUGGUCGCCUUGAAGAAGCUUUGAAAAUCCUCGAGCGCAUGGCGUUGAUCAAUGGGCGGCAGUUUCCGGAGGCUGUGCACAGCAAACUGGAGGCGCAAAUACGUCGCGACAAGUUGAAGAGCCAAAAGAAAAAGGUGGCCAAUGUCGGUCUCAUGGAUCUGUGUCGCACGCCCAAUAUGCGCCUCAAGACCAUUUUGAUUACGCUCAGUUGGUUUGCCAACGAAACGGUUUAUUUGGGUCUCAGCUACUAUGGUCCUUCGCUGGGCACAAAUCAGUAUGUCAGCUUCUUUCUGUCGGCGGUUGUGGAGCUGCCCAGCUACCUGUGCUGUUGGUACUUCAUGGACACUUGGGGACGCCGUUGGCCGCUUAGCUUGUCCAUGAUGCUGGGGGGAGUUGCUUGCAUUAUAACUGUCAUGCUACCCGACGAUGCCAUCGACGAGACGUUGACACUGUAUCUCAUCUCCAAGGCUCUUCUCUCGGCCUCGUUUCUCAUCAUUUAUCCCUUUGCUGGCGAGUUAUAUCCGACGCAGGUGCGUGGCAUUGGCAUCGGGGCCUCCAGUUAUAUUGGUGGCCUGGGAUUGAUUGUGAUACCGUUUGUCACCUAUUUGGGAAAGGAGAAUUUAAAGCUGCCGUUGGUCAUUAUGGGAUUUGUGUCGGUGCUGGGAGGCAUGACGGGCUUACGUUUGCCGGAGACGUUGCAUCAUCGCCUGCCGCAGACCAUUGAGGAGGGCGAAGAGUUCGGCAAGAACUGGCAGCUUAAAGAUUGCUGUCGUUGCAAGCCACAGCCAGAAAUCCUUUCGCCACCAACUUCGUAUGAGAACUUGGAUGUCUUGGGUGGCUCAUCCAACAACGAGUCUGAGGUGGAACUGGAGCUAAAAGACAAUCGUCGUUUGCGUCAAAAGCCUCGCAUCGAUGAGCGAACUCCUCUGGAUUUGGGAAGCAGUGGGAGUGGCAUUGGCAGUCGUCCAGUGCAUCGACCUUCCAUGAAGCGUCUGGUGCGCCAAAUGAGCGUGAUGGACACUCAAAGAACACACGACGGCACCAUGCAACUAACCCAUUGGAUCUAA